GGGCUGGUCCAACCAGUGUCCAUCAUGAGGUGGGCCACAGUGUACCGGCGCCGCGCGCUGCAGCUGGCCGCCGCCGCAGGCCUGGCCGGCUGCGUGUAUGCCUCGCUGCACGCCAACCAGUGGGACGUGCACGCCAUCGGUCUGGUGCGGUUCGGCCGCGCCGCCGUCACGGUGGGCAGGAUCAGCUGGGACUACCAGCGCACGCUGUACUGGAGCGGCGUACCGGCCACCUCCGCCGAGUACGCGCGGCUCAAGUCGGAGGUGCACACGCGCGGUGCGCAGCGCCUGCUCGAGCUGUGCUGCGCCAACCGCGGCUGCUUCGUCAAAGUGGGCCAGCACCUAGGCGCACUCGACUACCUGAUCCCUCCGGAGUACGUGCGCACGCUGCGCAUCCUGCACUCGCGCGCGCCGCAGACGCCGCUGCCCGAGCUGCUGGCGCUGGUCCGGUCUGAGCUGGGCGUCGAGCCGUCAGAGCUGAUCGCGGAGCUGGACCCAGAGCCGCUGGGCACGGCUUCGCUGGCUCAGGUGUACCGGGCCGUGCUCCGGGACGGCACCACGGUGGCGCUCAAGAUCCAGCAUCCCAAGGUGCUGGCCAACUCGUUCGUCGACAUCAAGACCAUGGAGGUGCUGGUGCAGCUGGUCUCCUGGGUGUUCCCCGACUUCCAGCUGAUGUGGCUGGCCGAGGAGACGAAGAAGAACCUGCCCAACGAGCUCGAUUUCAGCAAGGAGGCGGCGAACGCCGAGCGCGUGGCCGAGAUGUUCAAGCACUUCCGCUGGCUCCGGGUGCCGGCCGUGCGCUGGGACCUGACCACGCCGCGCGUGCUCACCAUGGAGUACUGCGACGGCGGCCAGGUGAACGACCCCGACCACCUGCACCGCCACGGCAUCUCGCCACGCGAGGUCUCGCAGAAGCUGGGCCGGCUCUACUCGGAGAUGAUCUUCGAGCGCGGCUACAUUCACUGCGACCCACAUCCGGGGAACCUGCUGGUGAGGAAGAAGGACGCCACUGUGGAGAUCGUGCUGCUCGACCACGGCCUCUACACGACGCUGCCGGACCGACUGCGCUGGGGCUACAGCCGGUUCUGGCUGUCGAUCCUGUCCGGCGAUGUGGCCAGCAUGGAGCGAGAGGGCGCCGGUCUGGGCGUGGGGCCGCUGUACGGCCUGCUCGCCUGCAUGGUGGCCGGCCGCUCCUGGCAGGCCAUCACCAGCGGGCUGGACCGCCAGAAGCUCACCGACGCCGAGGAGGGCACGAUCAAGGAGGAGGUGGGCCGCUACCUGCCUGAGAUCGCAUCCGUGCUGAACAAGGUGCCGCGCGAACUGCUGCUCAUCUUCAAGACCAACGACCUGCUGCGGGGCAUCGAGUACAGUCUGGGCACCAAGGGCAGCAUGACGUCGCUCAUCACCAUGUCCGAGUGCUGCGUGCGCUCUGUGUACGGCGAGCGGUAUGAGCAGUGCAGCAGCGUGGCCGGCCGCGCCGCUCUGCUGGCCGGCAAGCACUGGACGCUGCUCAAGAUCAAGCUGUACGAGGUGUACCUGCGACUCUUCCACUCGCCGCUGGGCCGGCGGCUGGUGGCGCUGCUCGCCAGCUGGCGGGGCAACAAGCCGACCCGACACCAGCCGGCCGUGCUACCGACCGCCUGACCCUCACCCCUGCCUGACCCCCGGGCGCCUGACCCCCGGACACCGCCUGACCCCCGACCCUUGCCUGACCACUGGCCGCCGCCUGACGCCCGGCCCCCGCCCGACCCC